AUGAUGAUGCGUGCAUUGCAGCGGGUGCUCCGGCCAGCGUCGGUGCGUGGUCUUAGCACGACGGCGGAAGAGAAGAUGGCGACGUCCUUGCGCCAGGCGCUGAGCGCGACGCACGUCAAGGUCGACGACAUCUCGGGCGGCUGUGGCUCCAUGUACAAGAUCGAGGUCGCGUCGCCGACGUUCGAGGGCAAGAACCGCGUCGCGCAGCACCGCCUCGUGAACGAAGUGCUCAAGGAAGAGAUCGGUGGCAUGCACGGCCUGACGCUUAAGACGUACACGCCGGCCCAGUUUGAGCAGCUCCCCAAGUAG